UGGGCAUUGGAAUCUUAACCAGAUGCCCAAUCGGUACAACAACUCCAACCACUGAGAUCACAAGGUCAUUUUCAUGCGUGACUUCGCUAAAGAAAAUCAGAAAAGAAAGGACACUUUGAAUUGAAUAAGGAUUUGGGAUUUUAUAACAAACAUUAUGAGGUGUUUCUGAGCCAUGGCCAGCUAAGUAAUUACUCCCAGAGGUCUUCUUCCCCUACCAUCCCAAACUGCUGGAUAAAGACUUGAGAUACAGAAAACCCUCUCUGGAAGUGAGUGAAUUUGGGCUGCAAAUGAGUGGAAGAGCUUUCAUUCUGAUAAUGUUCUUCUGGGCCGUGCUAACUCUUGUCACCCCUACACUCAUCCGCCUCUCUGCUUCUGCAAAACCCACCUUGAAUUUAAACGGCAAGAAAGGGGCAGCAACUGUGGCUGCAGGGUCGCGCUAUUCACGUGGCUCGUUGCCUAGAAGAGCACUUGUGGCAACACCACCACCGGUGUCACCAUCCCAGCCUCUUGCACCAGCACCAGAACCUACAGCCCAGCCACAGACUGGAAGAAAAAGGCUCGUGGAGCCAUGAAACCAGGGUUGAGUUCCGUUCCUGCAAGUCCAUUCUUCCUGCCUGAGAUUAAUACUGCACCUGCAUUUGUCAAGAACACAGUGAUUGGCUCAGCCAUGACUGCAAAUAUUUCAUCAAUUUGUACAGAAAGAGGGUUGAAUCACCUUACGGAAAAUGAAUAAGAAAGAUUCACGUUCUGUUGUGUGUAAUUUGAAGUUGAGAAGAGUAGUCUCUGUAAUGGAAGUUGACACUUGUUUCAACAUAGAUACCUCUGGCCUCUACAUUAUCCAAGUGUGCUGAUUUGCAUUAAUCUUAUUGAUCAUAC